GCCUGGUGUGUGUCCCAGGUCCUGAUGCCGGUCUUAGUGCACAUCCCAAUGUUUGUCCUUAUGGAUGUCUGGCAUUUCCUGCCCGGUGUGUGUAGGAUUUCCUGUGCCCCACAACCUUCCCUGCCCUGGGGCAAGCAGUGACGUCCCUGCCCAGUUGCAAAAGGGGAAACUGAGGCACAGAGGUGACCUGGAGCUGACAGAGGGCAUUGGGACCCACUGGCUCUAUGGGGCCUCAUCCUGCCCCACAGCCAGGCUGGGAUGUGAGGGGUCCCCAUGCACCCCAAUGGGGACAGUGAGCAGGGGGACAGCAACCCCUCCAUCACAGCCACCCCAGAGCAGGACGGGUGCUGGGUACCAUCCAGGGGGGGGACAAUGGGACCCUGGGGACCAUCCCCAUCCCUACGUAUCACCACCACACGGGGCCUCCCCAUGUUUCCAUGGAGACAGGCUGCUUUUUCACUCCCCCCCCAUUUUUGCUGCCGUUUCCCAUCUCCCGGCGCUGCGGCCGCAUUGGAUCCCAGCACCGCUGUGGGGCUGCAGGCAGAGACAAGCUUUUUGGGAAGCGACUGCUCCAAGCCGGGCGUUACAUCAUGUCCCACAAAGCCUGGAUGAAGACGGUGCCCACCGAGAACUGCGACGUGCUCAUGACCUUCCCAGACAGCACAGAUGACCAUACACUGCUUUGGCUGCUGAACCACAUCCGCCUCGGCAUCCCCGAGCUCAUCGUGCAGGUGCGGCACCACAAGCACACCCGCGCCUACGCCUUCUUCGUCACCGCCACCUACGAGAGUUUGCUGCGUGGGGCUGAUGAGAUCGGGCUGAGGAAACCGGUGAAGGCUGAGUUUGGGGGCGGCAUGAGGAGCUUCUCCUGCGAGGAGGAUUACAUCUAUGAGAACAUUGAGAAUGAGCUUUACUUCUUCACCUCUCAGGAAAGGCAAAACAUCAUCAGGUAUUGGCUGGAGAACCUGCGGGCCAAGCAGGGAGAGGCGCUGCACAACAUUCACUUCCUGGAGGGGCAGCCCAUCAUCCCGGAGCUGGCGGCCCGCGGCGUCAUCCAGCAGGUCUUCCCACUGCAUGAGCAGAGGAUCCUCAAGAGGCUGAUGAAGUCCUGGGUGCAGGCCAUCUGCGAGGCACAGCCACUCGAUGAGAUCUGUGAUUACUUUGGGGUGAAGAUCGCCAUGUACUUCGCCUGGCUCGGCUUCUACACCUCGGCCAUGGUGUACCCUGCUGUGUUCGGCUCCAUCCUCUACACCUUCACUGAGAGCGACCAGACCAGUCAGGACAUCUGCUGUGUGGUCUUUGCCAUCUUCAACGUGGUUUGGGCCACACUCUUCCUGGAGGAGUGGAAGCGCCGUGGGGCAGAGUUUGCGUAUAAAUGGGGGACGCUGGACACCCCCGCAGAGUCCAUCGAGGAGCCGAGGCCACAGUUCAGGGGGGUGAAGAGGAUCAGCCCCGUGACCAGCGCCGAGGAGUUCUACUAUCCACCCUGGAAGCGGCUGCUGUUCCAGUGCCUGGUCAGCCUGCCCGUCUGCCUCGCCUGCCUCUCCUUCGUCUUCCUCGUCAUGCUGGGCUGCUUCCAGCUCCAGGAGCUGGUGCUGAGUGUCAAGGAGCUGCCCCGCAUCCUCCGUUUCCUGCCCAAAAUCGUGCUGGCCGUCAUCGUUACGACCUGCGACGAGGUUUACAAGAAGAUCGCCUACUGGCUGAAUGAUAUGGAGAAUUACCGCCUGCAGAGUGCCUACGAGAAACACCUCAUCAUCAAAAUCGUCCUGUUUCAGUUUGUAAAUUCAUACCUAAGUCUUUUCUACAUCGGUUUCUACCUCAAAGACAUGGAGCGGCUGAAGGAGCUCCUGCUCAUCUUCUCUCUGUCCCAAAGCCUCGUGCGCCAGCUCAAAGAGGCGCUCCUCCCCUUCAUCCUCCUCCACCUCCACCUCUCCCUCAUCUUCCUUAAGGGCCUCCUGGGCUUUUGCUGGAGACUGGGAGUAUCCAAAAUGCUGGCCACGCUGCUCAUCACACGGCAGUUCCUGCAGAACGUCAAGGAGGUGUCGCAGCCCCACUUGUAUCGCCGCCUGCGACGGGGGGAGCUCAGCCUACACAACCUCCGUGAGCUGUCCCACGCCGUUCUCCGUCUGCUCACCCAUCCCCGAGCACCGCCGGCUGCCGGUGCAGCCCACGAGGGGUCGCGGGGGGAGAAGAAGUGUCUAAAUGGAGGCUGCGGGGUGCCCGAGGAGGAGGAGGAGGAGGAAGAAGGACGUCGGGAGUCGGAUUCGGAGGAUGAGAGCGUGCUGGACUGUGGGCUGAAGCUGAAGAAGGUGAGCUUCAUUGAGAAAGCGGAGCGGCGCAGCACCGAGCCCUGCAGCACCGAGGAGGAGAGCUUCCUGGAGGAGGGCAGCCCCACCAUGGUGGAGAAAGGGAUGGAUCCCGCCUCUGUCUUCGAGCUGGGUGAUGAUGAGGAGGAUGCUGAAGGUCCCCCAGGCAGCCCGGCCAAGGCAGCGGAGCCGGCCACAGGCCCACGGGUCACACGGAGGAGGAGGGAGGAAGAGGAGGGUGAGGAGGAAGGGCGCAGGCGGAACCGGGCGUCGUGGAUUGAUCCACCUGAGGAGGAUUAUUCGACACAGCUGACGCAGGCUGAGGUGGAGAGCUGCAUGAAGAAGUACGAGGACACCUUCCAGGACUACCAAGAGAUGUUCAUCCAGUUUGGCUAUGUGGUGCUCUUCUCCUCUGCCUUCCCACUGGCCGCCAUGUGUGCGCUGGUCAACAACAUCAUCGAGAUUCGCAGCGAUGCCUUCAAACUGUGCACGGGGCUGCAGCGGCCCUUUGGGCAGCGGGUGGAGAGCAUCGGGCAGUGGCAGAAGGUGAUGGAGGCCAUGGGCGUGUUGGCCAUCGUGGUCAACUGCUACCUGAUUGCACAGUGCGGGCAGCUGCAGAGGCUCUUCCCUUGGCUCAGCCCCGAGGGAGCCAUCAUCUCAGUGGUGGUGCUGGAGCAUUUCGCCCUGCUGCUGAAGUACGUCAUCCAAGUGGCCAUCCCUGACAUCCCCGCGUGGGUGGCCGAGGAGAUGGCCAAGCUGGAGUACCAGCGUCGCGAGGCCUUCAAGCAUGAGCGCCAGGCCCAGCACCACUUCCAGCAGCAGCAGCGGCGCAAGCGGGAGGAGGAGGAGCGGCAGCGGCACGCUGAGUACCAGGCACGCAAGGAGCGCGAGGCCAACCGUGAUGAGGCCAAAGCUGAGGCUGCCGGGCAGGACCCGGCCCAUGAGAAGAGCCAGAGCAAAGGGAAGGGCUCCAGCGGGUCCUCCACGCAUGGCUCCGACAAGCCCAAGCGGCCCAGCUCGCUGUUGGCCACUAAUAAUGUCAUGAAGCUGAAGCAGAUCAUCCCUCUGCAAGGCAAAUUCCUCUCUGGAGGAGCUGGGCCAGGCAGCACGGCCGCCAGGUCCCCCCAGUCCCCCACCAGCAGCGAUAACAAACUCCCCGGCUUCCUCAGCUUCAAGUUCCUGAAAUCCCCUGAAACCAAGAGGGACGCGGCCACCGAAAAGGUGCAGUCUCCCACCAAGCCAUUCAACCCCGGCAAGCUCUUCAACUUCGGCAAGUCUGAAGGGACCGGCAGCAACGGGGCCACCGCCUCCCCCCAGCCCCGUGCUGGCCCCUCUACAGAUGGGGGCGAGAGGCCGGGCCCCAGCAAGUCCCACCUCAAUGGGGCUCCAGAGGAUGGAGCCCGUGAGGAGCCGGAGCCACGAGCAGAGGAGGAGAGUGGGGGCUACAGACUCUGAGCCGGGCCCACCCCGGCCCCUCCAUCGCAGCCCUCUGCUGGGACCCAUCACAACCCCAUGGAGGUCCAGCGGUGCCUGGGAUGGAGCAUCUCCUCCUGUACCACCAACGGGCAAUGCUCCGUGCCCACCGUCCCCAGGAGGUCAUCCAAGGAGGAUUCGGUGUCUCCAGACCCGCAGAGCUCCAAGGGGCGCAGCUCAAAGGAAUGGACGGCAGCGAGGAGCCCGAUUCACCCGUGCCUACAGCUCAUCGCUGCGUCCCGCUGCACCACGGGGACGGCCGGGAGGGAGGGGGUGAGCAGCAGCCAAGGCACGGGCAGCAUUUCUUGCACUAAAACCCAAACAAAACCCAGUG